GCUGCAUGUGAAUAUGGAGACCCGGGGAAGCUCGGAGCUAGCGGCUCUGCCCGGCUCAGAGGAGCAGGACCUGGCGGUGCAGGCUUAUGUCCAGGAGAUCGAGUUCAGGCAGUCAAUCUCCAAUCAACUUAGAGUCGGCCUCUAUGAAUUGGAUCAUUCUACACAGACUGACGUGAACGAAGUGGUUGAGAUGAAGGAGCUGACGAGUGUGAUACAGUCUCUUACACAGUCUCUUGACACCUUGAAGAAAGAGGUUCUUCUGCAAAAAAAUCUUCUACAAGCAGAAUAUGAGCAGAAAAUUGAAGCUCAAGCACUGGAACUUUACAAUCGUAUGAAUGACACCGUACGGGACCUUGAAAUGGUUCACAAGAAGAAAGUCUCCACACUCAGGAAAAGCUUUCAGCAGCAGCUGAUCGAUGCUCUCGCUGUGAUUAGGUCUGAGUAUGAGAAUCAUUAUACUGGGAACUCAGAACUAUUGAAAAGCAAAGACUCUCAAGCAGGUGCUGCAAAAAUCCAAGAGUUGCGGAGGAAGGUCAUUGAGAAAGACCUGCUAAUCCAGUCAUUAGAGGCACAAAUAUCAGAACUGGUAGAAAAUGAGUCACCUAAGCAGAUCAUUUACCAAUCAGAAGAUGACCCGGAGAAAGAGAAGCUGCUGGAAGAAAACGAGGAGCUGAAGGAGAAAACGGAUUCCCUGCAGGACAGCGUCCACCAGCUGGAAAUGGUUCUGAAGGAGAAAGACCAGCACAUCCGCUCAUUAGAUCUGGAUGUGGGCGCCAUGAGAGUCAGAAUGGAAGAAGACCAAAGAACCAUUGAGAAGUUAUCAUCGGCUCAAGAAGAAUUGAAAGUCCAACUUGAAAAUGAAAAAUCUUCUGCAGCCGACCUGCUCCAACAGCAAAAGGAAGAUAUGGAAAAUCUCCUGAAAACAAAGCUAGUAGAAAAAGAUAAAGAGCAAAUAAAACUUCAGAAGGAGAAUGAAGAGAAGGCGCUACGUGAGAUCCAAAGACAAAAGCAGGAACUGAUCUUUGCAGAGGAACACCUAAAGAAAAUGAGAGAGAAGCUGAAGACACCAAAGAUUGAUGUAAAUAUUAUGAAUGCAGACCAAGAGCGGCUGCAAGCACAGGUUAAAACGCUUCUAAGUGUGAAAGAAGAGGACGCAAGGACCAUAGAAAGGUUACAAAGGGAACUUGAAAGACUCAAUAGGACAUGGGAAAAGAAGUUUGACAUUCUGAAACAAAGUUUCCACGCCAUUAAGGAUGAGAUGUUCCUAAGGCAGUCUCUCCAUCGCCAGGCGAUGAACCUGCACAGGGUAUCCGUCAGUUACAUGGCAGAUGGCACAUUGGGAGCUGCCUCCACCGAUCUACCUGUGCGGAAUAAUUUCUAUCUCCCGAGCAUGCCCUUGCCACACAUUGGAGCCAAGCCCCCGACUGUGAUGACCAGGACUGAGUUUCCCUCUAAUUUAAUGGAUGCUUCUGAGCCGGAUAUGUUCCCCGAGGACGAAUUGCAGGUGGUUUCGGACACGGAAGAAGAUGUCGGGGGAGUCCUUCCUCUGCCGCCUCCACCUCCUGACAGAAUGAAGGGAAAUGAAGUCAAGCCUGUGUAACCAAUCCCAGUUUUGGUAAAUAGGGGGGAAAGUC